GACCCUUGCUCUGUGGCAUGUCUUACACAACAGUCCUGAACGUUGCAGUGAUUUUCAGUGCGGCCUGGCAAGGAACCUUCUGCCUUCCGCUGUCUGCGAGACUCCAGCUGUCCAGCAAUCCCAUGCGUGUGGGGGGCAGCCUCUGGGCCCAUUGCGCGGUGGAAAUGUGCCCGAACAACUGCCUCAAUCACGACUUCUACAUUCGCCUCGACGGAUUAAGGCUGCAGCCCAGCCAAUCCCCCACCACCACCACUGCCGAGCUCACCUCCAGCAAUACGACCACAAACCACGUCACCACCACUGCCACCAUCAACACAAACGGCUCCACAAAGAUUUCCUCCAGUGGCACCACCACCACCACCACGACGAGGACCCCUGAUGGUCGUGCGGCUGUCUCGGGGAGGGAAUGUCACGUGCUGUCGGCUAAUGUGACGGUGGGGUCGGUGAAGCCGCCGCAGGGCCUCAUGCAGUGUGUGGUGCACUGCGACUUCCAAGGCUCCGUGGUUGUGGACGAGGCCACGGUUCGCGUUGGCUAUAUCCCGGACGCCCCAUCGCAGCCGCGGUGUGAGGUCCGCGGGGGAGAGAUGGGCGCGUUGUCGUGCAACUGGGAGCUGGGACAGGACUCGCUGCUCAAGACCGACUCCCAGCUGUGCUACCAAGAGGUUGGCAAAGACAAAAUCAAGAUGUGCGAACGCGUGGAGGGAGCACAAACCAUUGACCUCCCCGGAUCCAAGUUAGAUUUCCACAGACACUGGGAGUUGUGGGUGGAAGUUCAUAACGCGCUUGGACAAUCGCGCUCGCCGGCAUUCUCUUUGAUGCCCAACGACUUAGUUACAAUUGAGCCGCCAGCUCUACAGAUUGUGACGUACACUCACAUCGCCGACCACGUCAGCGUCAAGUGGACAGCACAGACGGGCAUAAGCAUCGAGUACAAAUGUGAUCUGCGUCUGGCUUACGGCAAUGAAGAGGCCUGGAGAACGGUGUUCAACAGGAGCUUGCGGUCACAAAUAUGGGACAUUCACGGCCUCGCUCCGGAUACCGCCUACUGCGUGCGCAUAAGCUGCUCGCAGCCAGUGGCUAAGGCGCCGAAGGGGACCUGGGGACAAAGGAAGUGCUUCUCUACGCCGCCAGCUCAACCAUUGGUUGGCCCAGAGGUGUGGAGGAUCCUCAGCCCAGGCUCCUCGGAUGGAGUCUUCAACCUCACCCUGCUGUGGAAGCCUCUGAGUGCCAAGGAGGCGCGGGGCCCAGUGACAUCGUACAACGUGAUGGACCGAGUGAACGGGGAGACCCAAGCAAAGGUGGUGCAACAUGGGCUGGAGUCGCAGCCUCUGUACUCACUCCAGCUGGGAAAGGUGCAGGUCCCUUCAGAGUGGUGCGUGCAAGCGAACAACCUGGCCGGGUCAUCACCCUGCAGUUGGCUACGCCUGUCCGCCCGAGUGCUGCCUGCGCCCUUCAACGUAGAGGCCCACGAAGAUAAGGGCAGUGGUGGUGGUGGCAUGGCCGUGAGAUGGGCCCCGCCAAAGCCACGUGGCCACGAGAGGCGACGCGCGGUGGAGGGAUACGUGGUGGAGUGGGUCGUCGCUGACGACGAUCAAACGACUCCGUCCAUGCAUUGGCACUGCGUCCCCGCCAACACCACCCAUGUGGUCCUCUCCGAACACAUGAAGCCUUUUAUUUGCUACAACAUCUCUGUGGUCGCCAUCUACGAGACGGGAGAAGGAAAGUCAGGCGUGGUGCAGGCCUAUGCUCAGCAGGGCGUACCCAACGUGGGACCCAAAGUCUCUGUCGCCAACAUCACGCUCUCAUCCGUCGACGUCAAUUGGAUGGGGAUCCCAACCAAAGAGAGGAGAGGUUUUAUCACCGGCCACGUUAUAUACUGGGGCCAAGGUCCCGACGCGAGUCACAGAGUUCUGAUCCGUGGGAGCGCUUGUGUCUACACAUUGAAGAACCUCUCUGCCAGCGUGGAAUACUCGGUGAUGGUGGCGGCCAUGACAGAGGUCGGCGAGGGACCACCAGGUGCCAAGACCCACUUCAGGAUGCAAGGAGUUCUGGGGUGCAAAGGUGGUCCCGUGGAUCAGGAUAGUCUCUGCAGCAACGCCACCCACGAGAAUGAAUAUCCAGAAAAUGACAACCUUGGCUUGAAGGUUACUGCAGGAAUGUCGUUGGUGGCUAUAACAUUGAUAUUCUUUGCCAUCUAUCAGUUGCCAUGUAUAAGGAAGAAUUUCUGGCCUCCUGUGCCCGACCCUGGAAAGAGCCUUUUGUGGAAAUGGAUGAAAGAGUCAAAGGUGAAAGAUUGGGAAGCCGUAUUCCCUCAAGUGAAGAAGAGCUACGCGCCACACUCUGACGAGGUGGCACUGUGCAAGCUUGACGAUGAGCCCGGCCAAUCCAACUUUGGCCCCGAGGCAAACGACGCUCACUUCUCCUACUUCCAGCUCAACUCUGCAAGGCCAGAAGCGCGGUUUUCUUGCGACCGAUACGUCAACACGCGCACGGUGUUGACCACGGUCGCCUGCAAGGGUGAACAUCCCCGCUAUCAAAACACGCCGCCUCUGCCCUUCUUCUUUCUGACUCCCGUGCCGCCGAGUAAAGGCAUCGGAGACAAAGGUGGCGAGGCUCCGCAGUACGCUGCUUCUCCGUGCAGCACCAGCAGCAGCGUCGAGUCCCUGUUGCAGCCGUGUACUCCUCCCUCUCCUGACCCCUGUGCUCCCGUUCCUCAACUCCUUUCUCAUUCUUUUCCUCUCAAUCCCCAUUCCUUCUCUCAUCCCUCUCCCGUCCCUUUCUCUUCUCCCCAACCAUUAGAUCCCUGACUUCGCACCCCUUCCCGCCGUGUGCCACGGGUAAAGACAUUGCUAGUACCGAUUUUUGUUUUUAAAAUAUGGCUUCAAUUUACAUAAUCUUAGCAAUUAUCUUUUAAGUAAAAAACUGCUUACGUCGUAUUUCAUAUAUGUUACCUAUAUCCUUAUACGGUCUUAAUGCUUACUUGAUUACACGAAUAAACAUGUUUUGCAUUGUAAAAUUUACUUAAUUUUAAAUUGUGGUGUUUUUAUUCAUUCAUUAUUGUAUUCAUUCAUCAAACAAGAGUGAAAGUGCAUCGCAGGGGUU